AUGGACAUGAAAGCUUUAUUCGAGGGCGAGAGGAUCCGCGAAAGCUUCCUAACUCUCUCAUACUCCCCCCUCUGCCCUCAUCUUCCCCGCUCUCCGCUCUUAUUCCCCGCUCUCCUCUCAUCUUCCCCGCUUCCGCUCAUCCUCCCCGCCCUCCCCUCAUCUUCCCCGCUCUCCCCUCAUCUUCCCCGCUCUCCCCUCAUCUUCCCCGCUCUCCCCUCAUCUUCCCCGCUCUCCCCUCCUCCUCCCCGCUCUCCCCUCCUCUCCCCCGCUCUCCCCUCAUUCCUUCCUCUCUCACUACACCCGCCCAGCCCCCCCAACAUAUCACUUACGCGCUCUCUUGUUCUCUUCCUUCACGCCCACCCUCACCUCCCCUCGUCUCACUCCUCGUUCCCCCUCUCUCCCCAUCCUCCGCUCAUUCCCCCCUCUUUCCCUUCAUCCCCCCCAGCCCAGACUUCUCAUCACUGCCGCGCUCCUUUGUUCUCUUCCUUCACGCCCACCCUCACCUCCCUUUUUCCCCGCUUUCCGACUCACCCCUCAUCCCUUCCCCCUCAUCCCCUCACCCCUCAUCCCUUCCCCCUCCCAUGCCUCAACUUCCCCCCUGCUAAUGCCUCGUUCUCCCCCCCACCCCUCUCCCUCCACCCCUGUUCCCCGCUUUCCGACUCACCCCUCAUCCCCUUCCCCCUCAUCCCUUCCCCCUCCCAUGCCUCAACUACCCCCCUGCUAAUGCCUCGUUCUCCCCCCCACCCCUCUCCCUCCACCCCUGUUCCCCGCUUUCCGACUCACCCCUCAUCCCCUUCCCCCUCAUCCCUUCCCCCUCCCAUGCCUCAACUUCCCCCCUGCUAA